AAAAUAAUAUCACGUGGCCCUCACAGACACAGAGGGUCACGCCCACUUCUUCAAGCUCUAUUAAAAGCUGGAAAGCUGCUGUACUGUGUUAGCGAUUGCGAAUACUUGAGACUGAGGCUGCGAGAUAUACACUGACUACUUGAAGCUGAUACACAAGUGGGAACUGAGCUAGAGGCAGGAGAGAUCGAGAGACGGGAUGGGCAACACAACGUCUGCCGAGUCUAUCGAAGACGACUUGUCCUUCCUAGAACAACUGCCAUUGGAAGAGGCUGUAUCAGGAGCUAAUGAGAAUCUGUUGGACUUGUCCCCAUUGUUUGUAGUGGAGUCGCUGCACAAAGCUCUCCUCAAUAUAAAGGAACCCCCCGGCAGUCCACUGGUGAUGUACAAAGAGCAGCUGGUGAAAUGGCUUCACGAUAAGGUGGACAAAAUGGAGAGUAUCGUUGGUAUGGGGGAGUUUGUCAACUUCCUCACGGGGAAGGGCUGUGAUCUGGCAGAGGCCACCACCUGCUUCCAAGAGCUGGACACUGAGGGAGAGGGUGGCACUGACAUCACCUACUGUCUAGCUGUGCUCAAGAAUAACAACGUGAGAGAGCUUCUUCCGUGUCCCCGGCUACCUGGCCUGAUGGAUCUGUACUCACCAGAGCGCACUGACUCCUUCUCUCUACACAAAGAACUACUCAAGUACCUGGUCCGCUAUCGUGUAGGAUCGGACAAGUUGGUCCUCCCCUCACUCACCCAGAUCAACAGCAGUCUGGAGCAGAGGAUGAAACUAGUGGCAGGACGUUGCAUCAUGAUUGACGAGAAAGAGAAAGAGCUUGAGUUGCUAGGGGGCGGGGCUGACACGGAAGAGGAUGAGGGGACAGAGAGAUUGGUCCUCUCAAAGUGCUACUCUAAAGUUCAGGUCUCCUCUGGCGAGAAGAAGAUAGAUGCGUUGUUUGACAACUCUAUUGAUACGUACUGGCAGUCCAACGGGUCACCACGGUCACACUAUAUCAGAGUCAGGCUGUUGUCAGGGGUGAUGAUACAAGAGUUAGCGGUGUCCGUCAGGUCAGGUGACGACAGCUACAUGCCUAAGGCCAUCAGCAUUUCCGUUGGCAACUCAGAAUCUUCCCUCAAGGAGAUCAAGACCAUCCAGAUACCAAGACAAGUGAACGGUCGCCAUGUGCUCAUGAGAAGCAUCUCCUCCAACUACUCCAUCAUUCAACUCAACAUCAAGAGUUGCCAUAGCGAUGGCUGUGACUGUCGUAUCAGAGGUCUACACAUCAAAGGAUGCAGAUACAAGAGGGAGAUAGAGCCGAGUCUGAUGGAUACCAUGGCAAUAUGGUACCUGAACAUAGUGGCGUGCACGGCCAAGGCUGCCAUCCCACUGUCCCCAGCUCUGAGGGACACCAUCCUGCAGCAGUCCAAAAUGUCCCUGAAGUCGCUGUCUCCGUUAUCCCUCUCUCCCACGUCCCCACUCAAACCAGACUUCUUCUCGACCUUUGUUAUCGCCGAGAUGGACAAGUUCCUCACCUCACUUUGCCUGCCUGAGGAGACCUACGUGUCAGUGGGGGCAGACCCUCUCCACGUCCUCUUGUCCUUUGCCCUCGCUCACGGCAACGUCAACACCAUCCUCGACACACUGCAAAUACUGAUAGAUAACACCACACUCGAGUUCUCACUGCUCCCACUGCUCAAGAAGAUGGAAGAGAUGAAGUCAACUAAGAAACAGAGACACUCGGAGCUGCUCAAGCUGGAGGUGGUGUCAUGUGACGGGGGACAGAAGGAUGAGGAACAUGGUCCCACCUGUAUCCUCUCCAAUACACCGGACAACUCCUCUGGAGAUCCGUACAUCAGUGACAAGGACAAGAAAGUUGUCAAUAUUCUUCUCAAGGAAGAGUCCUCCUCGGUCAUUCAACUGUCUAUGCUGAAGGUCAAAGUUCAGUCUGGGGCGCAGGGGGCCAGGGCAGGACUAGUGUUCUUGUUGACCUCUGAACCCAAGGACCUGGAGGAUCUCGCCAAACAGACAGAGAAGUAUGACAACUGGACAAUGGACGACUACACUGAGAUGAGAUCUCAGAGUUCAGAGUCCACUGACGAACUUUGCCCUGUGGCAUACUUCGAGCCUAACAAGGACAGCUGCCUGGCAGAGGUGACCCCUAACGCUGGCAAGCCUGCAAAGUAUGUGCUGCUCAAGUUCCUGGCCUCGGACAAGGAGGAUGUGGAGCGUGUGGGCGUGCAUUGUGUGAGGGUGUGUGGACACAAGAUUCUCUCGGACGGACCUGGCAUCGACUCCUUCCUCGAGAAGCUGGAUUCCAUAGCUCCUCUGACUGACGAGCCGUGUGUCUUAGGGGGUGUGGUCUUGAUCCGAGUACUUGGUUUUCUAGCAACCUUGCUGGCUGACCUGCACUUCCUCCAGCUGCGCAGGAAGGCAGCUGCUCUGGACCCCACCCUAGUGGGAGAGGUCCACUUGGCAGUGGACAACUUGUCUCUGGAGAAGAUAUGGAACAUCUACAUUCCCCUCACUCUGAAUCCAGAGCCUCAGGCUGAAUAUGCCAGCAUUCUUUGUCUGCACUUGCUCAAGUCUGCCCUCCCAUUCAUCAAACCCAGUCGGCCAACUUCAAAUAAAUUGACUUCUGUGCCAUCAGAAGUCCUCUCACACUUGUGUGGUAUCCUAGACUCGGCUGAGAUUGACUCAGCUGUUAAGAGUGUUGCACAGGACAUUAUUGUGGAGGGUGUGGUCAUCUUCUUCCCUGACGCCAAGGCCAGGAAGGAGUACCUCCUGAGCAUGAUCGGGGCCGUCCUGGACGAGAAUCAGCCCAAGUCAUGGUGGCUCAAGUUUGAGGCUCUCUGUCAUUAUUUCAGCAAGACUGACAGCAACUCCGUCCUCAAUUUACCAAAAACCCUCUCUGAGACCACACCCCUUGACCCCACCCCCACACUCAACAUACUCACCACUAUGCUCACUGUUGCCACUAGAGAGGCCCAGAACAUCAUUGUAACAGGGACAAGCAAACCGGAUGAUCUGGUUAAGUUGUUAAGUGCUCUCCAGGCGUCACUGCUCAUCUGGUGUCAGAGGAUGUUCAAAGCUUCAGAGGAGGAGGAAGUUAAGAAGACAGUGUACAAUCUCCUGGCUGAGUAUGUGACGCGUCUGGUCCAAUCUUGCACAGAGCUCUUACACAAGUUAGACCAACUAGAAGAGGUUUCAGACUCUUUACUGGAGAUUCUGAGGAAGUCGUUGCUAGGGCGACCACUGCCGGAGAUGUUGGUGUUCCUGGCCACAAUGACAGACUCUGGUGGUAUGAACCCUGUGAACCUGAGUAAUAGACUCCACCCACUAGUGCCCGCCCUCUCAAACAUUGUCAAUAAAGUUCCCUCCAUUCUCCUCAAGGUGGACAGUCCCGAGCUCCUGUCAUGUAACACCCCCGAGAGUGUGGUGAGUGUGUGGACACGUGAGUCACCACAUAACUACGAGAACAACAGCGACAAGACGGAGGACUUCGUCUGCUCCUCCGCCACAAGGUUUGUAGUUGAGUUCGAUCAGCGAUGUCAUACUGAGAGACGAUACGACUACCUGGAGUUCACUGACACUCAAGGAUCAAAGACUAAGUUCGAUGGAGAGUGUGGGUCAGAUAGGUGGACCAAGAAGGCGGAGUUCAAAGGUCAGAAACUAACAUUUAAGUUUCACUCUGAUGGCAGCAACAACGAGUGGGGAUACAAGUUUACGCUGAAAGCGUACGGUGUGUCCCCUCCGUCUAUGCACUGGAUACUAGACGCACAGAUCUCACUAUCUAGUCUCCUUGGCCUACUCUCCUCCACCACCCUCGGCAAGAAGAGGACUGAGCGGCCAAUCACAUCGCCCGACAAGACGGACCAAGAGAAGGAAGAGGAGAAGUUAGUGGAUAGUGAGCUUUGGAAGACAUUGUUUCGAGGCGGCUACAUGGUGGGCAAGCUGACACGGUCCCUGUCAGAGUUCCACGCUGCCAGUCCUGCUGACUCAGCACUGUGCACUAUGCUGCAAGACCUUGCUAACGGUCCGGAGGGGGUGGGGCUACAACUACUGGAACUCUGUCGUGCGGACACUAAAGGUCACUUCUACGGUGGACCCACAGUGGACAAGGCAGUCAACUCCGUGUUUGCUGCCCUUAUAUGGCAUUCACAGGACAUCCGAGAGGAGCUCCUCCCAUUUGUAUCCGAAGAGAAUCCGCCCAAAGUAACGCCCGGUGUACUCACGGCUUUCAAAGCUGCCGAGGCUAUGAGGAGAGAUCUGGUGGAGGCACGACAGCAAGUGAUGCAGAGCAACGAGGAGGGGAAAGAAGAGGAGGCAAACAAAGAGAAGGAAAAGAUCGAUGAGGAUGCCCCUGUGACAGCGUGCUUCGAGAAGGCAAUGUUCCUGCUCAAGUUCUCUGGGCUCUCUCGUCGUAAGAACCCACUGUCCACUAGCGGCAGUCGGCCACAGUGGGCUAGGAAGAGCCUCAAGUGGCAGAAGGUCACCACUGCUGUCUCCACUGUGGGGGUGCUCAAGCAGCACCUGACUAGUUCCGAGGAGAAGGUGUCGGAGAAGUAUCCAUCAUUUGACCUCAUUCUGAACUUUGUCAAGAACGAAGCCUUAUCAGUGGAUCGUGUACAAGCUCUUCUUAAGCAGAGAGAGAAAGUGGCGCGCUCUGUUGCAGAGACUUACGCUUUCCUAGCUGAAGUUGUUACAGUCAUGGGAAUGGGAAAUUUGUUCGAGCUGUCAGGUCUUGUCCUGUUACAACAAGUGCUCUCAAAACAACAGUUAUUUCCAAGGCAUUAUGCGGCCAAGCUGGAUGGGUGUGGUCUAGAGCUGGAGAACCAGGUGCGCAAAUCGUAUCGUCGACUCCUCACUAAGCUAGUCGAAACAAUCAACUCUUUCAAGAAACCUUCCUCAAAGGAGCAUUCUUUCUCUCGUUCUUUGGUCCUCCUGUUUGUGUGUCACCUGUUGGAUUUUGACUGGCAGGACUAUGACCAUGCCCUCCUCUCCGAGCUACAGCUGCCAGAGUUCCUGUUCAGCAAUGCCGUUGAAUACUCAGUGACGGGUGAUCGUGAGCCAAUGGAGAAGUUCGAGGGAGAAGACGAGAUGUUGGAGAAGUACGAGGUGUACAUGAAGAUGCUCCAGUUGUUCAAUGACCUCCCUUCUUCUCAGAGCUGGAAGGAGAUGUUAGAGAUGCCUUAUUGUAUGGAGCAUCUCAAGGAUACACACAUAUUCCUGGUAGCAAUGUCCCUGUAUAGCGACCGUAUCUCGAUGAACUGUGACAAUUGUUCCUCAACCAUCCGUGGGCGUUGGUUCCGUGACACUGAGGUGGAGGAGGACUAUGACCUUUGCACCUCCUGCUUUGACAAUGAAGAUGGGAGAGAGAAAAGUGCCGAUCACAAGUUCAUGUCUUUAGGGCGGUAUGGUUGUGAUAUUUGUCACAUGGCUGUGAUGGGACAUCGCUUCCACAGUGAGACACGCUGUGAUUACGAUCUCUGUAUCGGCUGUUUCAGGAAAGAGCAAGCAACAGGGAGGGAUGACUCGUGGACAGUGUUCCCCUACACUGAGAUGACUCCUAGUGGGCAGAGGGGACGAUACUGGAGCAGUGAUAAAGGAGAGGUCACUGGGUUCAAGUACCAAGAUGGUUACUUGUUUAAGAGCACCCCAGCUAGUCAGGUACGUGGCUACGUCCAUCAACACUGCUGGAUGCUCUUCUCCUCUCUGUGUCUGGGCAUGGCCAACACCGUCAACAAGCCAGUACUAGAGCUUGACUACUUACAACAGGCGAGCAGGAUCAAGUACAGCUGUCUCAAGCAUCUCUCUGUGUCACUACGAGCAGCCGUACUCGAUCAGCAUGACCAAGCUUCCAAGAGGAAAGCUGAUAAGAAAAUUGAGGAGGAGGAAAAAACGAAAGAAGAAUCGAAGCAAGAGGGAGCAGACCAAUCAGAACAAGCCAGCCCAGUCGACCAAUCAAAAGAGGGCACUUCUAUUGACCAAUCAAAAGAGGGGACAUCUGUAGAUGAAACUGACUUCUCUGUUCCAUCAGAGGCCACACCCACUACAGCAGAGGCCACACUCACUAUAGAGGAUAUCACUACCAGUGUUGUCACGCCCACUGGAGAUAGCAAAGAAGAAGAGGAGGAGAGUCCGAUCGUGAAGGCUAGCAAAAGACCACAGGACAUGGACUCUAAUAUUGGCUUCAAUGAGAGGAACUUCUCCACUUGUUACAUGGACAGUAUCUUAGGGCUGCUCACAGCCGUACUACCCAAGGAGUUCAAUUUGUCUGCGUGGAUUCAACACAAGCAGGAUAUUGAGGUGUUCUUAGCGGAGGAACUUCUACCAUCACUGCUACAGCUGUCAAGCUGUUGUGAGGUGACCUCCCCCCUGCGACUACAAGCCCUCCUGGUAGCGGCCCAGUACUUUGCCCGCCUCAACCCACAGGUGGCAGACCGUGCCGUAGAGAUAGCUGAGGGUCAGACCCCCCACAGUCUUCAGUUAGAGACUGGAUGUGCCGGACUAAAGACUGUUCAGUUCUUCUUCAACUGUGGAGCAUCUUCUCUGGAAAGGUCUGACUUUACUGGUGCAUCAACCGCUGAGUCUUGCCUGCUCUUGCUGUCUCGGCCACUCCCCUGGCGUCCUGCUCUCUCUGCUACCAUAGCAACCACCCUUGGUAUAGGCCUAGAGAACAUGGAUCUCAGCUCAAUGUUCAGUCUACUCAUACUGGCUGGAUUUCCCAAAGUGCCGAGGGCUGGUAGUCUGCUCACAUACACUGGAUCAGGUGAUCUUCCGUCCCCCGUGGUACUGCUCAAGGUAGAGGAAAGUGGGCGUGGCUGUGCCGUCAAUCUCAAGACAAGAGAGAAGAUUGUGGCCAAGUUGUCCGAUUAUGAGAUUGAAGAGUCUGCUCCUGAUUGCAUCGACACCUCUAAGAUGGACACCAUCCUACCUCUAGUAAAAGCUGCCCUCAAGUCUGUCAAGCCAGACACUGAACGAUGUGUGGAGAAUGUUUGGAUACUGGGGCUGUCCCUCAAGGCUCUCUACAUCAUACUCCAGUCUCCCGAGUCAGAGGGUGUGGUCAAGAUGCUGGUUGACAUGGGAAUAGUACCAGCUAUCAUGAAACUAGCCUCAAGGCCAACCAACUUCAGUCUCAAGUGGAGACUAGCUGAGCUAGAGGUGUUGGGGAUGAGCAUGUACCAGCCAGCUGGAGCUGUACAAGACACCGACUCUGAUGAGACUACUGAGGAAGAGCCCACUGCCGCUGCUGCAACUGAAGGCAGCAAAGAAGACAAGGAUGAGCCCGCCAGCGAUGAUAAAGAUGAAGAUGAUGAGGACAAUGAUGAUGAGACCAAAAAUAAUGCCAAGAUUUUAGAGGGUCUAUCGGAGGAGGUGUGCUCCAUGCUACAGACGCUGUCCGAGGUGUUCAUGUGUCCCAUGACAGUGCUGCGGGCCAUGCAUGAGAGUGUGGAUGGUAACAUGGAUAGGUUCAUGGCCAUCACUGAGCAGAGCUAUAGUGAAGGAGAGUUCAAACCUUCCGAUGAAAUACUAGAAGCUGCUAAAAAAUGGGAGAUAAAGAAGGUUUCAGACAGUGUGACUGUUGAGAGUGUCCAGCAGAGCACUGAGGAUGUGGGUGUCACCAGACUGGUCCCCGUGGAGAUUGACAUCAAAUCAGUGGAGGCCAUUGCUGAAGAUCAGAGCAUCUUCAAGAAAACUAAGAACCUGCUGAAGUCAGACUCCAAAGAAGAGGAACCCAAGAAUUCCUCGGCUGCUAGACAAGAAUCUUACUCCCUACUAUCUGAUGAGUUGACCUCCCUCAAGAACAAGCCGCCCUCGAGAAGCACCAUGUACAAGACGUUCUAUGCCAUUGCAGUGCUACAAGCGAGACGUGUGUUGUCACGACUACUCGUAAAGUGGGCGGACACUGGUAUGAGACUGAGCACCUCCUCUCUCGGCUGUACGGAUAUGCCGCAAUACUUCUGUCUACUGGACCUCCUCGUCAAACAGGAGGGAGAGGAGAUUCUGUCAUCAGUGCUGUCAUGUACUGAGCCAACAGAGCUUAUUAGUCUAGUGCUGACAGCUGUACAGUGUAUGAGUGAGGUGUCCGUUGGCAAGGAAACACGAGUCAUCAAGUACACCCAGGACAGCAACAUGAAGGAAACAGGAAAGAUCAAUAUCCCUAAUGCUGCCAACCUCAAUAUUACAUUCCAUCCAAUCAACGGCUCUCUCAAGUUCUCAUCAUCAAUCAAUCUAUCACAGAAUGCCAAGAGCCACACCUCUACGACCUUUGACCCUGAGGAUCGUCAGAGUCAUGUGAUCCCUGGAGACACACUGUACUACGAGGUGGAUAUGGUUGGCCCUAGCAACAAAAACACUACCUGUACCUUCACAGUCAAUGGCACACAGAUGGGAAGGUUUGACACUGGCCACUCCAUCCUAGAGCAGUUACUGUGCCGAGACUCCGCCCCUAUCCCUGCCCCCUCCCUCCCCCUCUCUCGUCUGUGGCCCCUCCUCAUAGUCGUGGCUUGCAAGUACACUGGAGCCCAACGUCUGAAGGUAGUCAAGCUGCUCAUGAGAUUAGUGGGACUACAGAGCUCUGGUAGGAGUGAGGGAGGUGACACAGUGGUGGUCUCUAAGGACCGACUGGAGCUGUCUGCACUCAAGCCUCUCUGGCAGCUGUACACCACUCUCAUCAAGACCUAUGAGGAGAAGACGAAGGGUCAGCAGUUGCUCUCUCCUGAGAUUAUUAGAGUAUUCACUGAACUCUUCCUAACCAUUGAAAACCUGGCAGAGGAAUGGGGGAUCUCCCAUGACCUCAUGAUUCGCACUAUCACCAAGGAGGAGCUCAACAAGUGGUUGGAGAAAGGCAUCGCUAACGUGGCCUUCGUUAGUCUCGCACUCGGGCUGGACAACACAGCAGCUGCAGCUUUUAUCAAGGCCAAGAGUGAGUAUGUUCCCCCUCCUCCCACGGCCAAGCAUAGUUGGGAGGGGGCAGUCAGUGAUGAUGGAGGAGGCUCUGAGGACACUGACUCAUUUGACAACACAGAGGAGGAGGAGGACUCGAGCUCCUCUUCUGACUCAGACUGGUAGUUUUUAAUCCCCUUAGUUCAAUACACACAUUUUGCCUUCCUUUUAUUUAAUUAAUUUCUUGUGUAGGAGCUCCUCUUCUGACUCAGAUGAUAGCUAGCAAUGGAGCACACUCUAGGAACUGCCAGUGCACUAACUGUCUCUAUUGGUUUGAACUCUCAUUAGGUAGUAUAUAGAUUUGAUCUGCUUGUUUGUUCUAUUGUGUGCAUUAUUUUGACAUGCAUUCAUAUUAUUUAAUUGAAGUGACAA